AUGCACGUGCUCAUUAUCGGCGCGGGUCUUGCUGGGCUGACCAUUGCCCAAUGUCUUCGAAAACAGGGCAUCUCGUUUGAGAUCUUUGACCGUGAUACAUGCGAUGACUCGCGAUUUCAGGGCUAUGCAUUGACUCUCCAUACAUUCAUUCGCUGUGAACGGCUCCGUUUGCGUCGUUGGCUUCUUUCACAUCUCAAAGUUCAAUGGUCCAAACAUGCUACCCAAUUUGAAUACGACGAUGACGGUGUUGCUGUCCAUUUUGAGGAUGGGUCAUCCGUCAAGGGUGACUUUUUAAUCGGCGCGGAUGGAGCAAACAGUAAAGUUCGCGAAUGUCUGAUGAAGUGUCCUAAUAGUGAAAUGCUAAAGACAAUUCCUAUUUGCACAGUCAUUGGAGAGCUUGAACUGUCUGGUGAUGCGUUCAGACAUCAAUUGGAGCUGGCUCAUAGCGCUUACAAUGCCGUGAGCACAAAUCCUCGCUUUGUUACUCUGAACGGUCUUCAUUAUGUGCAUCCAGAUGGACGUUCAGGCCGCUUCUACUGGAAUUUUAUGGAAGAAGAUGAAACAGUAGACGACCCCAACCACUGGAUGAGGACGGCUACCCCAAAGCAAAAGCACGACUAUGUCAUGGAGAGGGUCAGGGCUGGUCUCCCACCGCGAUUACGGGAGGCCUUCGAACUAACACCGGUGGAUGGUAUCAAAGAUAGAUUCCACUUGUUCAGAGAUGUCAAGCUCGAAAACGUGCCAGCCGAGCGCGCCAUUCUAGUUGGUGAUGCCGCCCAUGUAAUGACGCCAUUCCGAGGACUAGGUGGUUACAAUGCUUUUGUAGAUGCAUUCGCUAUUUCGAAGCAUCUUAUUGAGCUACACGAUCAAAACAAGGAUGGCGACAUUGCAGCGAUCCGAGCGACAAUCGAUGCCUAUAAUGCUGAGAUGCUCCAGCGCGGUCAUGCGGCCGUUCAAAUUUCGCGAGAUGGCCAGAAGCACGCGAUUGAUUCGGCAGGAUUCAUGUCUACAAUGCUCCGAUGGGUGCCGUCCUUUGUCAAGGUAUUUUUGAAUUUCCUCGAUUCGAAAAAUCGGUUGAGAGCCAUUCCGAGAACUAAGGUUACGCUGCCUGACGAAGUGGUGGCUUGA